AUGAAAUUCAUCCUUUAAUGCUCAAUAUGCUUAUAGAAUUUAAAAAGUCCAGUCUCAUUGAGUUGUGGACAUACUUUUUGUUAGACCUGCAUAUAAAAUUCUUUUGAUACACAAGAAUUUUGUGCAUGUCCCUUGUGUCGUUAACCAGCAUUACUUAGUAGCAAUAAAACUGACGAAUUACUACCUUUAGUUCAAUAGAUUUAUGAAUAAGAAGGAACCUAAGGUUUAUUGAAUGAAUUCCCAACUUUAAUUAUAUGCCUUUGUUGCGGAUUAACUCCAGUCAACCCAGUAGUGCUUUCUUGCUAACAUAUGUUUUGUUAGAAAUGCAUUGAAGAAAAUUUAAAAGAAGAAUUAUUAUGCCCUGCUUGUUCUGAUUAUAGUUUUAAUAUCAAAGUCAAUACAAAUAAGAAAUAUAAAGAUCUCAUUGAUUGGUAUUUAAAGGAAUUCAAAAUAGAAGAAGAAUAAGAAGUUGUUAAUAAAGAUGUCUAAAAUGGAAACAUAAAUGGUAUUCCAAUCUUUGUUUAUGAUCAAUCAGUCAUUAUAUAUGGCUCUAUAGAGUUGCAAUUUUUAGAAUUCAGAUAUCAAGAAAUGAUAAAGAUGGUUAGUUCUGGUUCAGGGAACUUUAUUAUAUCGAGUGAUUUAAUUAAUGGAGACUUGGUACAAAUAAGAAGCAUCAAAAAAACAAAGAAAGGUUAUCAAGUCUAGGUUGAUGGUUUAUCAAGAAUAAAAAUAAAAUAAAUAUAUGGUUAUAUUGAGGGAGUCAAGACUUCAUAUUAAUAGUGGAAUGCUCAAUAAUUAUGGCUUGCUUAAUGCGAAUACAUAAGAGAUUAAACUUUCAAAGAGAAUUGCUUUUAGCAAUACAAAUAUAUUGUGGCUACUUUAUAAAAAUUAUAUUAAAAUAUCAACUUAGAAGUCGGAGAUAUUUUUAAGGCUUUCAUGGGAAAAAUAACAAGUCUAUCAGAUUCUGAAAGUAGUCUUAUUCUAUUAACUUCGCUAAAUAAUAAUUUUGAAUAACUAUACUAUGAAACAGAUCUAGAGAAACGAGUUUAACAGAUUUAAUAACACUUUGCUAUUUUAGAAUAAAAGAUUAAAGAAAUAUAUGCAAAAGAUGAUUAAAUUUAACAUGCCAAACUGAAAUAAGAUAGCAUUGAAAUAAUCUCAUAUCCAGAAUUCGAUGUCACUACUCAAUAUUUUUUAAAUCUCUUUAACAUCAAAAAAGUUCUAUGUUUUUGA